AACUCUUUGAUGGAAGUAGAACAGAAUCUUGUAAAAGUAAUGAGACUAGAUAAUGAAAGCAAAGCUUUGGAAAGUCGGAGAAAGCAGAUGGAAAAGGAUAAUGAAGACCUGCAACAAAAAAUGGAGAAGGUUUUUCAAGGAAGUGAUGAGCAACUUAGAAGAAUGUAUCAAAACCAUCAGAAAACUGUGAGAGAAAAGGAGAAGCGGUUAACGGAGUGUCAGCGAGAACUGGAGGCAGUAAACAAAGAAUUUCUAAGAUUUAAUAAAGAAAAAUCAGAAUUAUUAGUUGAACAAGGUCGUCUUCAGAUACAGGCAGAUCGUUACCAGCAGCAUAUUAGAACCCGAGAUUCAUUAAUUCAAUCUUUGGCAGCUCAGUUGGAAUUGGAAGGAUUUGAAAGAGCACCUUUAAACGAAAGGCAAAUCAAUAAUUUUCAGAGGCUGGUAAAAGAGAGACAGGACAAAGAUAUGGAAACUGCUAAUAAUUUAAUGAAAGAAUUUAGCGAGAAGGAAACAAUUAAACAGAAACAAAUGGAUGAAAUAAGGGAUAAAAAAACUGGACUUGAAAGAACUAUUGUCCUAAAGGCAGAUAUUCAAAACAAGAAACAAGUUGAAGUAAAGAAUCUGAAACAGGAAUUACAUCAGCUGGAAGGAUCAUCAAAUCGACUCCUAGAACUGGACCAAGAAUUUACAAAAGCAAAACAUGAAUUAGCUGAAGCUGAGAAAAAUUGCAACGUUGAAACCCUAGAAAUGGAAAUUAAGGAACUGCAAAGAGAAAAGACAAAUUUGGACGGUACUCUUCGGAAACUGGAUAAAGAGAUGGAACAACUGAACCUGAAUACUGCAAUUAUAACCCAAAUGGACAUGCUGAAAAAAGAUAAAGCUGACAAAGAAGACCAAAUCAGAAAAAUUAAAUUUAGACACAAUGAAGAUUUAAUCUGCUUGUUGGGAUUUUUCCCAAGCAAAAAUCAGCUUGAAGAUUGGCUUCACUCAAGAGUUAAAGAAAUUAACCAAACAAGAGACAAGCUUGCCAAGCUCAACAAAGAACUUGUUUCAGCAGAACAAAACAAAAGUCAUAUUACCACCGAACUAAGGAAAAAGGAGGAACAGCUGUCCACAUAUGAAGAAAAGCUUUUUGAUGUCUGUGGAAGUCAAGACUUUGAAAGUGAUCUUAAUAAACUGCAGCAUGAUAUUGAUAAAACAUCCAAACAGCGAGCUAUGCUUGCAGGAGCCACAGCAGUUUAUUCUCAGUUCAUCACACAACUAACAGACGAAAGCCAGUCAUGUUGUCCCGUGUGUCAGAGGGUCUUUCAAACUGAGGCAGAACUGCAAGAUGUCAUAAAUGAUCUUCAAGCCAAACUGCGCCUUGCUCCAGACAAACUGAAGACAACAGAAUCCGAACUUAAGAAAAGGGAGAAGAAACGAGAUGAUAUGAUUUCUCUGAAACCUAUCAGACAAACGAUAUCUGAACUCCAUGAAAAGGAUAUACCUGAGUUGAGAAACAAGCUACAGGUCCUUAAUAGAGAGAUUCAAAGCCUUAAAGCUGAUAUAGAAGAACAGGAAACCCUCUUGAGUACUAUCAUAACAGAGGAAGGAAGUGCAAAAGCAUGUCUGCAGGAUAUUACACUUAUGGAAAGGGAUCAGAUUGAUCUAAAGGAUAUUGAAAGAAAAAUUGCUCAGCAGUCUGCUAGGCUCCAGGGAGUGGAUUUGGGCCGGACUCUUUUGCAAGUGAGCCAAGAGAAACAGGAAAAAAAACAUCAGUGGGAUACAGUUACUAGCAAAAUUGAACUGAAGCAGACACUCAAGCAAGAUCAACAAAAUCAAGUCCAGUAUUUAAAGUGCACAGUAAAUGAACUCAAAGCUGAGAAACUUCAGAUUUCCAGCAGCAUGCAGCGUCGACAGCAACUUGAAGAACAGACUGUAGAAUUAGCAACCGAGGUGCAAUCUUUAAACAGAGAGAUCAAGGAAGCAAAGGAGCAGUUAUUUCCUUUGGAAACAACUUUGGGAAAACUACAACAAGAAAAAGAAGAGUUGUUGAACAAAAAGAAUACAAGUUACAAAAUAACACAAGAGAAGAUAAAUGAUAUUAAAGAAAAAGUUAAAAAUGUCCAUAACCAUAUGAAAGAGAUUGAGAAUUAUAUCCAAGAAGGGAAAGAAGAAUACAAGCAGCAAAAGGAAUCUGAACUGGAGGAAGUCACAUUUCAGGUAGUAGAUUGUGAGAAAAAGAAAGAGAAGAUAAAUAAAGAAAUGGGAACAAUUAGGCAAGAUAUUGAUACACAAAAGAUUCAGGAACGAUGGUUAGAAGAUAAUCUUACUUUAAGAAAAAGAAAGGAAGAUCUAAAAGAAGUUGAAGAUAACAUAAAACAGCUUUUGAAGGAAAUGGGGGAAAUGCAAGUACCACAACUGAAAAGAAAUCAAAAACAUUUUGAAGAAAAAAUAGAGGAUUUGAAAAGAAGCCAUAGUUUGGCACUGGGUCGGCAGCAUGGAUUUGAGGAGGAGAUCCUGAGAUAUAAAAGAGAGCUGAAAGAACAACAGUUUAAAGAUGCUGAAGAGAAAUAUAGAGAAAUGAUGAUAGUUAUGAGGACCACAGAACUGGCAAACAAGGAUCUUGACAUUUAUUAUAGAGCACUGGAUCAAGCAAUAAUGACAUUUCAUAGCAUGAAAAUGGAAGAAAUUAACAAGAUAAUUCGUGACCUGUGGCGAAGCACGUACAGGGGACAAGAUAUUGACUAUAUAGAAAUUCGGUCUGAUGCUGAUGAGAAUAUAUCUGCUUCUGACAAAAGGAGGAGUUACAAUUACAGGGUAGUCAUGACAAAAGGAGACACUGCUCUAGAUAUGAGGGGCAGGUGCAGUGCUGGCCAAAAGGUUCUUGCCUCUCUCAUUAUUCGUCUUGCUCUGGCUGAAUCCUUUUGUCUCAAUUGUGGCAUUCUUGCAUUGGAUGAGCCUACCACCAAUCUUGACCGAGAAAAUAUUGAAUCUCUUGCACAUGCUUUGGUGGAGAUAAUCAAAAGUAGAUCUCAGCAACGUAACUUUCAGCUGCUUGUGAUAACCCACGAUGAAGAUUUUGUGGAGCUGUUGAGUCGAUCCGAAUAUGUGGAUAAAUUCUAUAGAAUUAAGAAGAACCUUGACCAGUGUUCUGAGAUUGUGAAAUGUAGUGUCACAACUUUGGGAUCAUAUGUUCACUAGAGCUUCCAAAUGACUCUAUUGUAAGAUUCUUCCAAAUAAAGACUCUUCUUUGGAUUUAAAAAAAAAACUGUUGAAGAA